AUGGAUUCAAAAUACAUUCAAAAGACUCUUUCAGCCAUCACUGAACAAAUCACCAAAAAUGCUGCUGUUCAAAAAGUUUUAGACAAUAAAUUUGUCAAAGAACACAAAUACGCUGCUGCUGCUGCCACCGUUGGUCUUGGUGUUGUUGCUGCUACUACCAUCGUUAAAGCAGUUAACUGUGAAGGUAAAAGAUAUAACUAUGAUGCUAUUCCAAACUUAUCAUUUGAUGAUGAAUCAAUUUAUGAUGUUGCAACAAUUGGUGCUGGUCCAUCAGGUUCAGUUUUAGGUUAUUAUUUAGCAAGAGAAGGUAGAAAAGUUGCACUUUUAGAAAAGAAAGUUUUCCCAAGAGAUAAAUAUUGUGGUGAUGCAGUUGCAACUAUGGCUCAAGAUAUUCUCCGUGAAAUGGGUGUCAUGAAAGAAUUAGUCGAUGAAGAUUUAGGUCAUUUCGCUCAAAAUGGUGGUUUUGUAUCUCCAAAUGGUAAUUCAUUCAUUGGUAACUCUGCUAAAGAAUUAAAACGUGAUGCCAAAUACAACAGAGGUGCCGUCAUUGCCGUUAAACGUAUCGUUUUAGAUGAAAAAGUUGCCAAAGCUGCCAAACGUAUGGGUGCUGAUCUCAAAGAAAACACCACCGUUGAAAACGCCACUUUUGAUCGUUCAACCGGUGUUUGGACCAUUAACUGUGUCGACUCUGAAGAUAACACCAAGAAAAUCGUUUACAGAGCUCGUGUUUUAGUUUGUGCUGAUGGUUCACCAUCCAACGCUGCCCGUCAAUUAGGUUACGUCCACACUGAACCAAAUGGUAUCUGUUCAAGAGCCUACGUUAAAAAUAACACCACUUUCCGUUACGAUGGUGUUGUUUUCUACCCACCAUCACUCUUACCAGGUUAUUGCGCCAUCAUCCGUGAAGCUCGUGAUGAACUCAACUAUCUCGCCUAUAUCAUUCCAGGUGGUAAAGUUACCAAUGACGAUUUAUCCAAAUACCAUCACCAAUAUAUGACUGAAGAUCCAUUCAUCUCAGCUGCCCUCGGUCCAAACCCAGAUAUUGAACGUAUGAAAGCUGCCCCACUCCGUCUCGGUGGUAUUAAGAAAUCAUAUGAUGAUCAUUUAUUAAUUGUUGGUGAUGCUGCUGGUUUCAUCGAUCCAUUAACUGGUGAAGGUAUCCAAUACGCUAUGGAAGGUUCAAGAUUAGCUUCACUCGCUUUAAUCCAAGCUUUCAACGAACGUGAUCUUUCUCACCAAUCUCUCAAGAGAUAUCAAGACUUCUGGAUGGCUAAAUUCGGUCACGAAUUCUCAAUGUCCAUGACUAUGUCUCUCUUCUUAUACAGAUUCCCAAUCGUUUUAGAUGCCGCCGCCUCUUUAAUCGAAAAGAGAGGUUCACGUUUCCUUGCUGAAUGGGCUGCCGUUAUGACUGGUGUCAAACCAAAGACUUGGUUCCUUCGUCCAGAUGUUGGUCCAUUAAUUGUCUUAGAAAUCUUUGGUGAAUGUUUCAGAAGAGUUUUCCAAGGUAAAAAACAAAUUAAAAAAUUAGAUUAA